AGUCUCACUUCGUUGGGUUGACUGGGACGAUCUGCUGCUCUCUCUGAAUUGGAUUCUACUUCAGGCAGGAAACUAUCCCAGCUGACCCCAGGGACCCAGCCCCAAGCUAGCUCUUUCUUUGGAAGGGGCCGGCAGAACCCAGAAGAUCCUGUCACCUUCGAAGUGGCAGUCAGGCCUCUGAAGCCUAGCAGAGACUGAAGAGCAUUAGCAGAACCAUUUGCUGUAUUGCUCUGACCUGUGAAUACACAACCACAGUAUGAUGCCUUUCGGAAAAACCCCCAAAGGAAAUCCUCAAUCCGAAGAAGAAGAUAGAAAAAAUGUCAUCAAACAAAUGAAAGUUCGAACCAUCAUCAAAGAUGACAGUAGCUGGAUUCACAAACCAGAUGAUACAGAAGGCCAGACCAUAGAGUUACCUCCCAGUGAGGAGCACAUUUCAGCUGUACCUCCACCCAUAACACCCCGGAAGGACAGGUCUCCAGCUCCCAAGCCUUCAUCAGGCUACAUUAUCAGGGGCGUGUUCACCAAGCUGGUUGACAGCUCAUCUCUGCCGCAGACUCAGUACCCGACUACUUUCAAAACCCCCAAAAGAUCUACGGUUUCAGAAAAACCUGUCCCUGCCAUCCUGCCUCGGUUCUCGUCCUCUAGCUACAAAGUCAGUCCCGACGACUACAACAAGAAGAUGAGUUCCCCUCAGGAUUUAGCACCUCCUUUUACGGCUAAGAGAGUUGAAGUCGUGGAGGAUGAAGGCUCUCCUGAGAGGAGUCAGACCCUGCCAUCUUUGUCAAGACAGCGUUUCAGGUUCACCAGUCCUGAUUCAAGCAGAGAGAGAGCAGGCUGCUCAGCUUGGGCUGGAAACGUGUCCAGGAAUCUGUUUUCAUCUCCCAGAGUUCAAGAGUCCAGUGGGAAGAGAGAGGAAACUUACACUCCAGUGGGCCAUGACCCCAAAAUGGAAUCCACUCGUGACCUUUCUCCAGAGACCCGUCAGAAGAGAACUUUCUUGGAGUAUAAGGAAAGAAACAUUUCCAGCACUAGAGGGGACAUUCCCAGAGAAGAAGAAGACCAAGAUCUUUAUGCUGAUGCCGACAGGUCAAGUACCUGGUCAACUGACAGUAACCAUGGCUCCAAUGGUUCACAAAAUGAUCUGGAUGAAAUAGAGAUCACCUCCAAGAAACAGUCUACCUUCAGCUAUGAUGAGGAAUAUAUCAGUAGCACUAAAGGAGGAAGCUAUGGUAACCAGCAACAUGGUGAAGGCAACGAACCUGGCCUGUCUGAUCCAGAUCCUCAACAAAGCGAUAUUCGAGAGAUGUGUCUGGUUCCACCUGUACCCAGAGAAUAUGCAAUGCCCUAUUGGAACUUGACAAGGUAUGCCUCUGCCUCCACUGAUACUGCCACUGAAAAGAGAUAUGGAAGUUCAACCAGCUCAGAUGAUCCUAUGCCAUCUGAACCCCAGAGCUCCCUCUCUGGUUAUGAGGAGAGAAGUGUUACUACCAUAGUCAGGGAGGCCAGAUGGGACAACACUGGACUUGCUGCAGCCAGGGGAGGUGCCUGCCCAGAACCAAAUAUUCACUCCAGUGACUAUCGAGCCAUGGCUCCUGCUUCUGCUAACCAGCUGCCCCUGAAGGGCAGUGGCCAAGAAUAUGGCUCCAGAAGGAUGAGUGCUGUUAUCUGCACUUACUGCUACACAGAGAUCAGAUAUGGGCCCAAAAUUACUCUGGAGCACUUGGGCAUCUGCUGCCAUGAGUGUUGCUUCAAGUGUGGGAUUUGCAAGAAGAAAAUGGGCAAUAGGCUGGACAGUGUGUACAUCCACAAGGGAAUCAUUCACUGUGACCAGUGCUAUGCAAGACACUUCUAGUUUCGAUCAGCUCAUUAAGAGUCAUCAUGAAGAUGGGGACCCAUCUUCCUAAAUCUCCAGCCCCCCUGAUUCCCCUUGUUACUAGUUCCAGUUGUUUCCUUCAUCUUUUCCCAUCUAAAUCAGUUGGAGAAAAUGUGUUUCAUGAAGAUCAUUAGUUUUAUCUAUCUAUUAGCUUUGAUUAUUUGUAUUAUCCAGUUUUUUAUUAGCUUUGAUUAUUUGUAUUAUCCAGUUUUUUAUUAGCUUUGCGGUUUUGAAUUAUCCAAUUUUAUUAUCUUCGGGAUUUUUUAUUAUCCAGCUUUUGAUUAGCUUUGAUGUUUUUGAAUUAUCCAGCUUUUUGAUUAGCUUUGAGUUUCUCCUUUAUCCAAUUUUCCAUUAGUUUUGGUUUUUUGCAUUAUCCAGCUUUUGAUUAGCUUUGAUUUUUUUUAAUUAUCCAGUUUUUUAUUAGCUUUGGGGUUUUUUAUUAUCCAGAUUUUUAUUAGCUUUGAUUUUUUGUAUUAUCCAGCUUGGUAUUAGCUUUGGGUUUUUCCUUUAUCCAGUUUUUUUUAUUGCUUUUGAUUUUUUGCUUUAUCUAGAGUAGAUAGUUUGUAGGUGCAGAAACCUAAAGAAUUCUAGUAAGUUAAAUCCCCGAGGAGGAAUAGAGGUAGCUGUGGCCCAGAGGGGUUGUGGGCUGUGGGCUGUGGGCUGUGGGCUGUGGGCUGUGGGCUGUGGCCCAGAGCCUUAUUACUACCACCUGGGCUGAGUGCUGGAGACAUCUUGUCCAGCCUGCUAGAGGAAGGGUCACCUGAAGCCAAAGAGCCCCCAUGGUCUUUGUUGCUAUUGAUGUUUCCUACUCCUCUUUAACAGAAAGACAGCCUUCGCCUGUAGUAUCAGAGCAAGCCCAACUUCUGAGCAGCAUGUAUGAAAAUACAUGCCUGGGGAGAAUUCCUCACAGUUUUGGCUGGUCAUCUCACACCAGAGGAUGACCAGCCCCCUUCACAACAGACAUCCCCUGAGCUCAGCAUAUUAUAUUUCACUGCAGUCACCUGGAAUCUUGACUUCCCUUGGGGUGAGAGUGGGUGUCCUUCAAAGAGGGUGGAAGUGGAGUGAAGAGAGGACAGGUGGGCAGGGUAGCUCAGGAUGGGGUCCCAAAUGCAACGUACCUUCUCCUCUCCCCACCUGGCCCCUUGGAGAAGAAAUAAGCAGAAUAUCCAUUUGGGGGAAUUUUUUUCAUCUACCAAGGGGUAAGGUGGUUGGGGAAGAGGGGUUAUUGCUGGAGGUCCAGGUCUGUGCUCACCAGGAGACUUGCAGUUACCCUAGAGGGAAGUUUCAGAAGCGGCAGUCCACGUAGGCCAAGGAGCAGGGAGUGUUGGUGUCUGUUCUCUUCAAACAGGCUCAGAAAGUGGGCAAGCCUUGGCCAGGUUGGGGACAUUGCAGUUUGGCUUUUCCAUUACCAUUUCAGUUUUCAAGGCUGAUUAUACCUGUUUCACUCUCACCUGGGGACCCUCAUUUAUUAUGCUUGUUGCUUAUUAUAUUUACUGUUUGUUCGACUUGGAAUUCCACCCCCCUUCUUUAUCACAAUUCUAAUAAAUAUUUAGGUUUCAGGUU